AUGAACGAUACCACCACCACGCCCAAUUUCUGUGACUGGCGCGUCGAACUCUACGGAUGUGUGAUGUCCGAACUAUGGGUCACUGAGGUGACCAUAUCACUAGUCAGCUACGCCCUCCUUUCCUUCUCUGGCACCUUCGUGUUCUUAUACCGUUACAAGUACAUGUGGCAAGGGUUGUUUGUCGAUCAUGGAAAUGGUAUACGUCCGUUACCCGUCGACUGUUUAUUGUUCUUUUGGACCAUUGGGUGUUAUUUCCGGACCUUACACUCGUUGUUUAUGUUGCUGAAUGUGUACACCCACUAUUGGCAACGUGAGAUGAUGCAAGAAAGCGGAUGGACCAUACUCUGCUACGGUGCGGUUUGCUAUAUUGUUGGAAUCAUAUACACAAUUCCUGCAAACUACACACACGGGGCACGUGCCGUUAUAAAAAUUGAAAGCAAGAAGUCUGAACCUCAAAAAUAUUCUACUUCCCGAGACAUCUAUUUACCAACUCCUACACAACUAAACUGGUUGCUUGCCAUUUGGUGUUUGUAUCCCACGCUAACUGUCUUCCCUUUCUCUAUUCUUUCCGGAAUCUCCCGGGAUCACGGUGAUAUCACCGCUGCAAAUCGAUGGACCAGCGCUCAGUACAUUGCUUACUUCAUUCACGAUACCAUACUUGCAUUGUCCGGUGCAUAUUAUGGAAUAAACUUUAUGCUAAUCCUCAGAAGCUCCAUGAAACAGUUCAAUCGUUCCUCCACCUCCUAUCACCGAUCCAAGAAUGGUACACGCGAGGCACUCGACCGACUCAAGUACACCAUGACCUACAUCGCCGUGUUACCACUCAUCUCCGGUCCAUGGUGGGGAAUUUACGGAAUCUACCAUGAUCGUAUCAUCUCCUCAAUCAACGGAGUGAACCUGUUCUUGUCGUUCAUGUGGCACAUCGCCGGAGUGCAACCCCUGAUUGUCGUGGUGCAGUACGUGUUGGCGAAACGUGUCUACCAGCAUUACACCGGAAAGCUACCGAGCUCGAAUGAUGGAUCGUCAACGCAAUCUAGCACGGCGCAUGAGGUCACCGAUCAUCGGGCCGCAGUGACCAGAAGUCCGACGACCGUGGUUAACGUGAGCACCAUAGUCACGACAAAGACCGACGAUCAAUCGGCAUUUGCUGGUAGUACAAACUCGUCGGAAGUGUAA